CAUUCUUGCCAUCAAUAAUCUCUCUUACUACCUUUUAUGAGAACAUGUAAGAAAAAGAGAGUGUGAUGAUUUGUUUUGUGCAAAUAUAUCCUAUGUUUGAAAGAAAGCAAAUCCCCACACUGAAGUUAAGCAUCUAUGCUCUUUUGCUGAUUUUAUCUACAAAGUGAAAAAAGGUCAUGGCAAAAGUAAUAAAUGUCAGGAAAUACUAGCAAAUGGUGAAAGUUUAUACAACAUAAAUAUAUCAUGAAAAGUAAACUAUUAGAAAAAUAGCCAAUCUACAAACUACAAAAUUUUAGAUUAAUUAAAAAAAAAUUGAAGAUGAAAUUUCAGGACUAAUAUUUUACUAUGGAUUGAAGGAUAAAAUUUACGAAUAUUUUUACAAUAAUAAAAUAUUAUUCUUUUUCUUUUAAUACUCCUUUAACCCAUCUUUUUAUUUGUUUUAAUAUCCUUUCUUUAAGCCAUUCUUAAAACGAAAAAAAGUACAAAUAAAUCUUUAAACUUUACAGAAGGCUCACAAUCAAGCCUCUCUAUCUUUCUCUUCCCCACUAAUCCCACCAAAGACUCAGUCUAUAAAAGGUUAGCGCUUGGCAGUUAGUUCCCUAUACAACAAAUCCACUUCACCAUUUACACUCUUGCAACCCAAGUUUCCACCUCUUCCUCAACCACGUCCUUCUCCAUUUCCUUUAUUAAUAUUCUCUUCAAAAGAGCAAACUUUAGAGAGUUCAAAGAUCCUAAUGUCGAACAAUGCAACUCUCUUCCUUGUCUUUCUCACGAUCUCCACCUUCUUAUCAUCCUUCAUUGAGGGAGCGCAGCUUAUACUAGUGAACAACUGCGAGGAGAGCAUAUGGCCGGGGAUUCUCGGCGGCGGAGGCCAAGUCACGCCCAAAAACGGCGGCUUCCACAUGGGAAGCGGCGAAGAGACAAUCAUCGACGUGCCGGACAAAUGGUCCGGCCGCAUCUGGGGUCGACAAGGCUGCACCUUCGACCAAAACGGCAAAGGCUCGUGCCAAACCGGAGACUGCAACGCCGGCUCACUCACCUGCCAAGGAACCGGCGGCGUCCCGCCGGCAACCGUGGUGGAAAUGACGCUAGGCUCAUCCUCCUCGCCGCUUCAUUUCUACGACGUGAGCCUCGUGGACGGGUUCAACCUCCCCGUGUCGAUGAAACCCAUCGGAGGAGGAGUGGGGUGCGGCGUGGCGGCUUGCGAGGUGGAUUUGAAUGUUUGCUGUCCUUCGGCGUUGGAGGUUAAGAGAGAUGGGAAAGUGGUCGGGUGUAAAAGCGCGUGCUUGGCGAUGCAGUCGGCUAAGUACUGUUGCACGGGUGAGUAUGCGAAUCCCAAGGCUUGUAAGCCGACGCUGUUCGCGAAUCUGUUUAAAGCGAUUUGUCCGAAAGCUUAUAGCUAUGCGUUUGAUGAUUCGAGUAGUUUGAACAAGUGUAGAGCUUCUCGUUAUGUUAUCACUUUCUGUCCUCCUAAGUGAGGGGUUUGUAAUGUUUAUUGUUGUACGGUCUGGUUUUAGAUUAUUAAAUGAAAAGUUAAACCAUCAAAAAA